AUGGAGCAUUCAAGUAGUACACAAGUCAGGCUAAACUUUGGUGCCAAUAGACUCGGAACUAGUUACACUGGCGAUCUAAAUUUUAUCAGCUUCUUGGCCAAUUGUACUAGUCUGGAGGUGUUAGCAUUUUACAAUAAUCAACUUGGAGGUAAAUUGCCAGCAUCCAUAUCCAACCCUUCUACCCAGCUUGUAUCUCUUACGAUGGAGAAAAACUUGAUACAUGGAAGCAUCCCCAGAGGCAUUGGGAAUCUUGUAAACUUGACCGUUAUUCAAAUGAAUUCUAACUAUUUCGUUGGUCAUGUCCCUAAAGAAAUUGGGAGGCUUCAGAAUUUACAAGAACUGUAUUUAGAUGACAAUAAAUUUUCCGGGUUCAUUUCCAGCCUCCCUUGGUUCUCUAGAGAAAAUCUGAUUGGUUCAGGAAGUAUUGGUUCUGUUUACAAAGGAGUACUCCCUAGUGAUGGAAUUGUAGUUACAGUUAAGGCAUUAAAUCUUCAACAACAAGGAGCUUCCAAGAGUUUCAUUCGUGACUGUGAAGCUUUAAGAAGUGUAAGUCACCAUAAUCUUCUCAAGAUCAUAACUGCUUGUUCAAGCAUUGACAAUCAGCGCAAUGACUUCAAAAGUCUAGCUUUCGAGUUCAUGGUAAAUGGAAGUUUAGACGUGUGGUUGCAUGAUGAGGAAUCUCAAGGCAAGAGGUUGAGCCUUAUCCAAAGACUCAAUAUUGCAAUUGAUGUUGCUUCUGCAUUGGAUUACCUCCACCACCAUUGCGAUACGGCAAUUGUUCACUGUGAUCUAAAGCCAAGCAAUGUUCUCCUUGAUGAAGAUAUGGUGGCUCAUGUUGGUGACUUUGGUUUAGCAAGGUUCCUCUUGGAAGCGGCGUACAAUCCCUCUCAAAGUCAAACCAUGUCAGCUAGGCUAAAGGGUUCCAUUGGCUACAUUCCUUCGGAGUAUGGCAUGGGAGGCGAAGUAUCCAUACUAGGAGAUGUUUAUAGCUUUGGAAUACUGCUGCUAGAAAUGUUCAUGGGAAAAAGACCUACUGAUGGAAUGCUUGGAGAUGGUAUAAGUAUUCACAAUUUCACAGCCAUGGCAAUGCCUGAUCAUCCCACGUACAUAGUUGACCCUUCAUUGCUCAUUGAAGGAGACGAUGCAGAUGAUAUUGAUGACAGGAAAAGACCUACAGAUGCCAUGUUUGGAGAUGGUAUAAGCAUUCACAAAUUCACAGCCAGGGCGAUGCCUGACCAUGUUGUGGACAUAGCUGACCCUGCAUUGCUCAUUGAAGGGGGCGAUACAGAUUCUGAUUAUGACAGAUACCGCAAUGACACACGAGGAAGACCAAUAACAAGAUAUCAGGAUCACAGCGCAGUCCGGGGAAAAAGAUUGGAGGAAUGUUUGGUUUCAGUGAUGCUGAUAGGACUCUCAUGCUCUGAAAUAUAUCCCGAGGACAGUGGAUGCUUAUAG